GACAAACCCAAGAAAAGCCUUUGGGAAAAGGUCAAGCAUGAAGCUCAACACUACUGGGACGGUACCAAGUUGCUUGGGUAUGAGAUCAAGGUCUCGACCAAGUUGUUAAUGAAGAUGAUGUCGGGAUACGGGUUGUCGAGGAGAGAGGCCAACCAGUUGCAAAGAACCAUCGUUGAUGUCAUGAGAUUGGUUCCUUUCCUGAUGUUUGUUCUCGUUCCAUUUGCUGAGCUCUUGCUCCCAAUCGCAUUAAAGCUCUUCCCUAACUUGUUGCCUUCUACCUAUGAGUCCAAACAAGACCGUCUCCAGAAGAGAGCAAAGUUGUCCAAGACCAGAGUAUCUGCUUCUGAGUAUAUCAAGAAGACUAUGGAAGAAUCUGGGCUUAAGUUGUCCAAGAAAAUCUCGGAAGAAGAAAAGGAAGCAUUUGUAUCUUUUUUCGACAUCAUCUCCAUGGGUUCCCACCCUUCCAGAGAGCACUUGAUUAAAGUUGCUCGUUUGUUCAAGAACGAUCAGGUGUUGGAUAACUUGUCUCGUCCACAGUUAGUAGCUAUGACUAAGUACAUGUCAUUGAGACCUUUUGGAACUGACUCUAUCUUGCGUUACCAAAUCAGACACAGAUUAUUGACUAUCAUCAAGGACGACAAGGCCAUCGAUUACGAAGGCGUUGAGUCGUUGACGAUCCCAGAAUUGCAAACUGCCUGUUCCCAAAGAGGUAUCAAGACCACUGAUGUUUCUCCUGGUAGAUUGAGAGAAGACUUGUCCACCUGGUUAGAUUUGAGAUUGAGACAGAAGAUCCCAUCUUCCUUAUUGAUUUUGUCGUCUACCUAUACUUACGGUGAAAACGCUCACAGUAUCGAAUCUUACUAUGAUGCCUUGUUGGCAGUAUUGUCAUCAAUUCCUGACGAAGUGUAUAAUGUUGCCAAGUUGGAGUUGUCAGACGAUUCCAAGUUGAAGUUGGCUACUUUGAAGGAACAAGAAGAGUUGAUCAACGAAGAAAACUUGAGAGAAAAGGACACUGUCAACCAGGUCAAGGACAAUAUCAAGUUGGAUGAAUACGAAGACACUGCCACUGAGGGUAUGAAAAUCGAGGUGGAAGAAAAAGCGCCAGUCGAGUCUAAGAGUGAUUCUCAAAAGCAGACCUGA